AUGAAGUCCAUCCUCGUCACUAUCGCCGUCCUCUUCACGCUGGUACUGGCAGAGAGUGAGAAGUACACAGAAAAGUACGACUCCUUAGACAUCGACGCCAUCAUUGGUAACAAGCGGCUGAUGGCGGCAUACGUGAGGUGUGUGUUGGAGAAAGGCAAAUGCACGCCGGAGGGCAGGCUUCUCAAAGCACACAUCACCGACGCCCUACAAACCGGCUGUUCCAAAUGCACCAUCGCCCAAAAGGGAGGCAUGCGCAAAGUGAUCCACCACCUCAUCAAGGAGGAGCCCGAAGCUUGGGCAGCCCUGCUCGACAAAUACGACCCCAAGAAGGUCUAUAUACACAAGUACCAUCAUCAGCUAAAUUCUGUUUUAGAAGAAUAGGUUUCCAAGUGUUGGUAUCGUCUUGGGUCGUCCCAUUCGUACUUCGUCAAGUUCUUAAAUUAGUCCUAUUCUGCUUUCGUCACUCAUUCUACAUUCGUCACAAUCGUCGGUGGCUUUCAAUGCAGAAUGAGUGACGAAAGCAGAAUAUGACUAAUUUAAGAACUUGACGAAAAACGAAUGGGACGACCCAAGACGAUACCCAAGUGUUUAGAGCUUUUUAAAACGUGAUAUAGUUUAAGUAUUAAAUAGUAUUUUAUAUUUUAUGAUUAACAGGGUGCGUUAGCCAACGUGCCAAUCGUUAACGCUCCGUAGCGUAUCGUAGUCUCUUUCUAUCACUCUUCCACACUAGUGCGAUAGUCAUAGUUGCGU